AUGGAGACCAUCACAAAGUCGCCAACCAAGAGACGCGCCCUCGCCGCCCUGGACGCGAACGCGCUCGCCUCCCCGAAGCCUCCUCACCAGCUCAAGAGCACGGCCAAGAGCCCCGUCAAGCGACCUCUGGAGGAACCAAUGGCCGCCGCCACUAUGAGUCCUCUGCCCAAGAAGAGGGCGUGCUUCGAGACGUCCGUCCCCCUCGCCAACCUGCAGAAGAUGCCGCUGCCGCCGCGGGCGAAGAAGGCCGAGACGACGAGCGAUGCCAAAACCCACGAGUGGAAGGUGUCUUCACAGGGAGACAAGAGCGACGAGGCAAGGCAGCAGCCACGGGCCUGGGGCAAGAUCUCGCACAGCCAGAAUAUGGCCAGCGAACAGAAUCUCGGUGAAGACUCGAGCGACAACGACGAGGAGGGGGAGGGGCAGGAGAGCGAGGACGCGGCGCCGGAGCUGCCGCGCCUGUCCCCGUCCAAGUACGCCAUGUCGGCGCUGCAGGGCACAGAGGGUACGACGGGUAUCCUGACGGACCUGGCAGACGGGUUACUGAGUCUCUCGAGGAGCAAUUCAGAUGUGUAG